UUUCUUCAGUAAAAGGAGAGCGAGCUCCGCUGAACACUAUACGUUGUAGUCCAACCAGACGUGUCUUGGAGCCCUGACCCAAGUUGGAAAUCACCUCGCGCAUGGAUGACCCCUUCUUGGUGGUGACGGGUGAUGGAGCUGGGCGUCCAGGGACAUGGCGUUCUGCCCUGACAUCCAUCCACACCCACCCCUGCAGGCAGGGUGUGCGCGUGUGCCCCCAAGGCUUGGUGUGCUCCAUGCGGUCCACCAUCUCGCUAGUUCACGGGACUGGUAUCGCACUGCGAUCCAGUGUAGCAUCGCGUCUCUUGCCCGCGCAUACCAAUGCGGGGAAAUGAGAUGGGCUUUGUUGAGCGCAGAGGGGGGAAACGCCCUGGCGGAUGGAUCUUGGUGACAGGAGUGGUGGGUUCCAGAGUGGGAAGCGAGGAUCCAUACCCGUUGAGCCUCUAUCGAAGCCGGCUGUUGCUGUUGAUGUGACGGUUCUCGGUUGUCGCCGCUAUGGGCUCUCUUUCAUAAAGUAGGUACGGUUCGCACUUCGUAGGCCCCUGGGAUUCUGGUCCCAUCAGCUUGCCUCUCAGCCCCUAAGCUCUCGCAUUAACGCUGCUGAUCCUCACCUGAGUGUCUUCGCCAUCUCAACGUCGCCAGUAUGAGACUUACCAGCUUUCUCUUCCUUGCGGGCUCCGCUGCCGCCCUGCCCCGUGGAGUUGAUGUGUCCAAGACAGUUGAGGGUCGAGCUAUCAGUGUCACUGCGGAUGACCUCGACAGGUUCUCAUACUUUGGCGAGUAUGCGGCAGCAGCCUUUUGCAAUUACGAGGCCGAGCCCAACUCCCCCGUGACGUGCGGCGGAGACGCCUGCCCUACCGUCAUGGCAAACGGCGCCAAGAUCCUACUCAGCCUGGACCGCAACACCAGCACCAACACGGCCGGCUACAUCGCCGUCGACGACGUCAAGAAGAUCAUCGUCCUCGCUUUCCGCGGUUCCGUCACGGCCAGGGACUGGAUAACCGACCUCACCAUCGGCUUUGCCUCGUGUGAGUACGCUCGCAACUGCAAGAUCCACACGGGCUUCGACACGGGGUGGCGCCAGGUCAGCGCCCAGGUCCUCCCCGCCCUGGCCGCGGCCAAGAAGGCGACGGGCUACCGCGUCGUCGUGACGGGCCACAGCCUGGGCGCCGCCAUCGCCACCGUGGCGGGCGCCGCCAUCCGCGCGGCAGGCAUCGAGCCCGCCGCCGACAUCUACACGUACGGCUCCCCGCGCGUCGGCAACGCCGUCCUCGCCGACUUCAUCACCGCCCAGCCCGGGGCCGAGUACCGCCUCACGCACGAGAACGACGCCGUGCCCCGCCUGCCGCCCCUGUUCACGGGCUACAGGCACACCUCGCCCGAGUACUGGCUCAACGGCGGCGACUCGACCUCGUUCAAGUACGGCCUCGAGAACAUCAAGGUCUGCGAGGGCAACGCCGCCCCGGACUGCAUCAACUCGGUCUUCGGCUUCGCCCCCGAGGCUCACGUCUACUACCUGCACAAGAUGGCCGGCUGCAAAAACCCCGGCCUCUCCAUGCGCGAGACGAACGCCCCCGAGGUCUGGGACGAGGAGCUCAAGGCCCGCCUCGACGCGUGGGCCGACAUGGACCGCGAGUUCCUAGCCAACCUUGCCGCCAACGAGACUGCUGCAUAGGGUCUCUUGUGCCCGAGGGGACUCUAGGCACAGCUUUUAUUCAAUGGUUUCUUUUGUAGAUAUAGUUUGACUAUACCCAAUACCCUGUACAUAAUACCUAGGUGCCGUCGCUGUCUUCACUUUGGUCGGCCAAGGGAGGCGUCGGUGGACGAGCAGACCGCGAUACCCCAAACAAAAACAAAAACGAGUUGCAAAAGAAUCUUGAGGCGUUUCCUUCCCCGAUUUUGCAAUUUACUUGAUAUGGCAUGUCAUCCAACAAGUCG